CCUGCCCGACAAGGCCAAGUGCUCGCCAAGCCACACUGGGCCUCACAGGGACUCAGAAGGGGAAUUCCCCCAGAACUCCCAGCACCCAGGCCCAGGCACCCAUAACAGCCAAAUUUCCCAACUGAUCCACGCUUUCUGCUAAUCUUGUUAUUUCCCUCUUUCCUUCUCUUUUGUAUUUGUACACUUCACAACCAAAAAAUCAUCACGAUUAACAAAACAAAUACAACUCGCACUCACUCACACACUCACUCACUCUCACACAAGCAUACAUACAUACACACACACCAUAUAACCAACCGACGAUACUGUAUGUCCAUCAAAUAGACGGGAUCCAGUUUAAUAUAAUACUUCACAGCACUUGCCACGAUCGGCCAAGUCAAAUCUCCUGUCUUUGAAAGUGGACGGAAUCGCACUUACUUAAGGAAACACCCAUCAUGUCGGCUUCAAGCCAAUCCUCGACGAGUCCGACGGGUGUCGUCGACCCUCUGGAUCUGUUGGAUUUUACCGAGUACGAUGCAAUGGCAUAUCAAUCACCAUCAGCUUCUCCUGCCGGAACCAACAAGUCUCAGUUUGCUAGGACACCAGGCAUGGUAACUUCAACACCGAACACUCUGCCGUCAAACCGGACGUUGUCUGGUCCUAGUCACAAGUAUGAUCAGUACAAGCAACAGACACCAUUCGUUCCGGGUGCUCUUGCUAGCACACUGGCUAUCAAUAACAACAACUCCCAGGUUACCGGCUACACGUUAGAAUACAUGGCGCCGGACAUGAGCUCCAAUGAUGAUAUGUUUGAUUUUAAUACUGCACCGUCGCAGAACAUGAGCACCGGUGGGGAUAUGGAUAUCGACUUUGUUGAUUCCCAGCAGGAUCCGUCGUUCUUCUUCCCCGAACCUACAGUCAACCCGAAUGCUAUUGGGGGCGAGUCUCGGGGUUUACAAUCGCCUAUCGUUCCGAGCCAGACAAGUAGUGUGGGAAGGAUGUACCCCGGCAUGCAUCAACAAGCUGCACUAGCAAAGGCCCAGCAACAGCAAAGACAACAGCAGCAUAUCAUUCAGCAACAGCAGAGGCAGAAUCAGCAAGUUAAGCAACAUCGGCCAAAGGCUCCUAUGCCUUCUGAUCCGAUUGUUGAACAGAAGAUAACACAGCUACUAAAUUCAAUGAGGUCCAAGGCUGGCAGUACCUCUAGCGAUGGGAGCGACAACUCUCCUAUGCUUCAGCUUCCUAGGCCCAAGAAGGAGGAGGAUGAUAUGGAUGAGGACGAGCGACUCCUGGCUAGCGAGGAGGGCAAGAAAUUAAGCAGCAAAGAAAGACGCCAAUUGCGCAACAAAGUAUCUGCUCGAGCCUUCCGUUCAAGGAGAAAGGAAUAUAUCACCCAACUUGAAAGUGAAAUUGCGAACAAGGUUACCGAGAAUGGCGAUUUACGAGCCCAGAACCGUGCAUUGAUGGAAGAGAACCGACGACUAUCCGAUCUCACUCGCAUGCUACUAUCAUCUCCUUCGUUUUCUAACUUUCUUGAUCAUUUGAGUUCCAACCCAUCAGCAGCUCCACAACAACAGGCACAACCAGAGCAAAGGCAGCCAGAAUCUCGCCCGGUUCCUAAGGAUGUCAAUCCCUUCAAUGCUGGUCAACAGAAUCACCAGCAUCAACAGAUCGGAAUGGUCGUGAUGCCAGAGCAAACAAUGGAUUUUUCGAUGCUCAAUCUGAACUCAGAUGCUUUCAACUACCAACCUCGAGUCUUUGCCGUUCUAGAGACGCCUGACGUUCCUUUUAUUGACACUGAGGCUCUGGCCGGCAAAUCUACAAAUUGGAUCGGCGAAUCAUUUGCGCCCGAUGCUGAGAAGGACGAGGCUCCUGUUAUUGAAUCACCGGUGCUGUCUACCGAAACAUCAGAAAUCCCGGAACAGUCUAACGACUCGGCCGAGAUCAGUAGAGUUGCCGACCUUGACGGGGAUAUUUAUGAUGAUGAUGUGACUAUUUCUGGACCAUCAGAAUCAAUCAAGUUGGACACCGAUAGUCUCACCCCAGUCGACAUUUUUGGCGGAAUCGAGUCUGAGAAGGCAUUGGCUAGGAUCGACCUCGUUGACUCGUCUGAAGAAGAUACCACUGCUAUCAUUGCUGCGAAGCGUGUGGAGCGUAUCGCGGCUAGUCUGGAGCCUGUCUUAGCGAGACUGGACAUGCUCUCCAUCGGAUUAUAGUAGUGCUAGGUGCGUAGGCUCUAGCCCAAAUGCCAGCGAUAUUUGUGUAUCUUACCGGAGUUGGGGCGAAGGUUGCAUUAUGGUAAAAGGGAUGAGUUCGGUUGGAAUUCGUCGCAUACACACAACACUUUUCUUUUUUAAAGCCCACUUUCUUGGAUUCUAGCGUCGCGAGACUUGGGAUAGGAGGAUGUUUACGAGGCGCUUCGGAAGAGCGCUAUUUAUGAAGACGGAGGAUAGGAAUGGCAUCGUGCAUCAUGAUGGAUUGCCCAUAUAUCAGUCGUAAUAGAUAUAAGUAGGUAGCCAAUGUCCCACCCUUUGAAUGGAAGACAUUAUUAGGUCAAUCAUCUA